UCUCAGAGCUCAAACCACAUAGUGAUUUGUAGUUUCUUGCUGGAAGUGGAAUGGAUGGAGCAAUAAAAAUCUUAUUAUGGUCUUCAAUUUUGGUCAUUGUUUGUAGUUCAAUUAAAAUUCCUGAACAGUUAAACUUCACAGUAGUGAAGGAUGUAAAAAAAUUAGGAGCUAAUCUAACUCGACUAACUCCAGUGAGCACAUUAAGUGAAUACUCUGAGAGUUUCGGAUUCCGCAAUGAAUUUAUAUAUAGGGACGGAAAACGUAUUACAGGGGACAGACUACUCGCAAAGGGUUCUAACACAAUACACUUUUCGUCUCCUAAUGGUGGUACAGUGGUUACACAAUACCCUGAUCCUUCAAGUAAUCCCAAUGAAGGGCCGAUUAUUGACCACUACGAACUCGUUGAAACUCAUGCUGGUAACGUCAGUCACGUUUCCAUCGGUUAUGGAGGUACAGGACAACGAAGGAUACAAUUCAUUUUUGAAAUGAGAGCGGUAAAAUUUUGCACUUUGCAGAUCUUUAUUUAUGGUUAUGAUACGCUAUACUCAAAUUAGAAAUUAGUACCGAGUUGUGUGGUUUUUGAUGUCAAAAAGUGAAAUAGAAUUUCAAAUGAAUUAAACAGCGUUGAGUAAACUGA